AAGGUCAUUGGAACGAAACGGCGGGCGGCAUUGAAAGGGUUUGACUUUUUAACGGGCCUCGUAUGUCUGUGUUCACGUUUCUAUCUCGUUCCCUUCCCCCGUUAAUAAACAUACCUGGAGUAACAUCUACUGUUUGUAUCAGCCAAAAGCUUCUGCGGUUGUAUGGUCUCAUCUUUUCUGACUCCACCGGUGUGUAUGCUUUUGGACCGGAAGUACUGCGAUCUCUGCGAAAGCUGGAAAGUUUAGUUGACAAUAAGAUGUUACAGCUAGGAGCUCAACGUGUUUUGCUCCCAACGUUAGGUCCGAGACACAUCUGGGAAAAGUCUGGUCGAUGGUCUACCAUGCAGAGUAGCUUAUUCAGAGUCAAAGACAGAUUAUCUCAUGAGUAUUGUUUACAGCCAACCCAUGAAGAAUGUAUAACCAAUUUCAUUGCCUGUCUAAAUUUGUCGUAUAAGUCCCUCCCUGUUUUGAUGUAUCAGAUAACCAGCAAAUUUCGAGAUGAACCUCACCCAAAACAUGGUCUAGUCAGGGGACGUGAGUUUGUAAUGCAAGACCUUUACACAUUUGAUGCUUCUGCCGAGGCAGCUGAGGAAACGUAUAGACAUGUGAAAACUGCGUAUUCUGACUUGUUGGUUAACCUUGGGUUACCGUACCUAGUUGCAUCUGCAGAUCCAGGAAAUGUUGGUGGUCUCAUUUCAGAGGAAUUUCACGUUCAAGCUGAUGUAGGAGAAGACCGAAUAUUAGUGUGUUCAAAAUGCUCCCUGAAAUUCAAUUCAGAACUUAAAGUUGCCAGCUCAUUGUGUCCCUUACAAUCUUGCCCAAAAGUAUUCAAUGAAGUUCAAGGUAUAGAAGUCGCCCACUGUUUCCUAUUGGGUGAACGAUAUUCAAAGUGUUUUGAUGCCACUUAUCAAUCCCCUUCAGGCUCAAAACUUAUGUUCAUGGGGUGCUAUGGUCUUGGAAUAUCACGUUUACUUGCCGUCUGCAUCGAACACUUGACAAGAGUUGCGUUUCCUGACAAAUCUAAAGAUCAGAUCACACAGCUUCGAUGGCCUGUCCGAAUCGCACCAUACAGCGGAUCAAUAGUUCUACAGAAGGAAACGGCCAAGGACAGUGUGAAUCCAGAUGAGCUGAAAUAUAUCCUCGAUACCAUUCAAAGUGAUUCCAUCAACUUCAAGUUACUUGGUGACAUUUUGGUGGAUGAUCGCAAAGAAUUAAGCUUGGGUAGAAAAAUUCUGGAUCAAAGCCGCUUGGGAAUACCCUGGAUACUUAUUGUAAAGAGUCAGAGAGAUGGUACAUAUGAAUUGAUUGAUGUUUAUAAAGACAGAUCAUGUGUAGCUACUCUAGAACAAGCCAGGUUUGCAUUCAGUAACCCUGCAGUAUUUGAUGCAUCAUCUCUACCUUCAUGGGAUCACCGACAGAAUGAGCGCAAUAUAAAUGGAAACAAACUCAUUUAACUUGGUGAAAUAAUCAGACGACCAAAGCGACAACUAUGAAAUGGUAUAGACGUACCAGACAAUGCUUUGUGAUUUUCUUUUUGUAAUCCACCAGGACUAACUGGAGCAGUAAUGGAUGAAUAAGGAGGCCAUUCUAAAAUUAUUAACAAAGAAUUACUUAUAGUUCAAAAACAUGAAUUCAAAAAAGAUCAUAAUGUUACAUCAAUAAAGAUGCUCGAGUGCACAUAUCUUGCAUUCAAACUUGUAAUUUACUAAUCUAAGAAGAAAACUGUACGUCAAAGAUUGAUCUGCUUUAAACAAUUUCGUUUGUACACGCAUUUGAGUGUUUUCUCUGUAUGAUUCAUUUCAUGCAACAAAAGAUUGGUCAAUUAAGAAUUGAUGUUAAUUAAAGAAUUUUCAAUCUCCCUUAUCAUGAUCAUUUGAGUCAAAAAGUUGAACAAAUUAUUUCAGUUUCUAAGGGUUUGCGUUUUCUCUGUUUGAUGUCAAAGACUACAAUUGAUCAUACUUGAAUACCAGUUACUACCCAACUUUACUAAAUAUUUAUGACUAAACAGCAAUAUCCAGGCAACCCUCUCAGGAUGCCCAUAUGCCAACAGAGACUGAUCAACUGCAGUCUCCAACAACAGCAUAUACAGCCCCUUACAUGUAAAACUCAUACCCGUUGCACAAGCUAG